AUGAAAAUUUUGGUGUGUGGAGAUGUGGAGGGUCACUUUAAGCAACUGUUUAGCAGAGUCCAGAGCAUCCUCUCCAAGAACAAAGACUUUGAGCUGCUGUUGUGUGUUGGAUCUUUCUUUAGCUCUGACUGCCAGGAGGAGUGGAGCAAGUAUCGGGAGGGGGUGGAAACAGUGCCUCUACCGACGUUCAUCCUUGGCCCGUGUUCGAUUGAGCAUGGCCAGUUCUAUGGAGACUUGUCACGUGAUGGAGGAGAACUUUGCCCCAAUGUCACAUGUCUAGGUCAGCGUGGAGUGUACAGUGCGUCCAGUGGUCUGAGGGUGGCCUAUCUCAGUGGGAGCUACCAGGGGAGGACCUAUCAGCAUCAAGACAAGGGAGAUAAUCUAUUGCGACCAUAUUUUACUGACUCUGAUGUGUCCUGGCUGGAGGGUGAGUGCAGUGGAGAGGGCUACCGUGGAGUGGACAUUCUCCUCACCUCUGAUUGGCCCGGGGCAGUGGACAAGUUCACAGUGGCUCCUGAUGGACUGGACCUGAGUGCAGUGGGGGCAAAGCCUCUGAGUAAACUGGCCAUGUGUCUCAAGCCACGCUACCAUUUUGCAGCUCUACACCAAACCUUCUAUGAGAGAAUACCGUACAGGAAUCACAAAAUCCUCCAAGGCAAGCCACAUCAUGUGACACGAUUCUUAGCUUUUGCUCAAGUGGGAAAUCCAGACAAGAAGAAAAGAUACCUGUAUGCAUUCUCUGUCACACCCAUGAGCUCCAUGGACGAGAAAGAGCUGACUCAGCAACCACCCACUGCCACCAACUGUCCCUACACUGAACUAGUCAAAUCUUUGAGGGAGUCUCAAGAGGAGGCUGGGCCUAACUUCUUCUUUGAUCAGAGAGCUCUUGAUUCUGCUCAUCGUAAACAGAAGAGACAACAGGACGGAGGACCCCCUGCAAAGAGACGACCCCCUCCCCAGCCCAGGGGGCCGUGCUGGUUCUGUCUGGGGGGCAAGGAGGUGGAGAAACAUCUCGUGGUCUCCAUCGGAGAUCAUACGUACCUGGCUUUAUCCAAGGGUGGGAUGGUACCAGAGCAUGUGCUGGUCCUACCCAUCAGUCACUAUGCAGCCUCCACUGACGCACCACCAGAGGUUCUGGAGGAGCUUGGAAAGUUUAAGAGUGCUCUGAGGAAAUACUUCAACAGCAAAGAUCAGUCGUGUGUCAUCUUUGAAAGAAACUACAAAUCACAGCAUCUUCAACUACAGGUUAUUCCAGUGACCAAGAUUCCAUCUGAUGCUCUGAGACAAGCCUUCAUAGAUUAUGGGCGGAGUAUAGGGGUGUGGCUUGAUACUGUACCCAGGGAAACACCACCCUCAGAGACAACUAGAACUCUGUGGUAA